AGCGUGAGAUUAGAGGGGUAAACUUAGAAAAAAGUUCUAAGAAAUACAUCACAAGAGUGGAUUUUAAGUGAAAAUAACGUUUAAGGAAAGAAUCCAUGUCACCAGCCUGAGUAUAACUUAUGAAUUGUCUUCACUUUACAAUUGAAUAAUGAUUAAUUCCGCUGCUGUUAUUUCUAACGUUUGUUAUUAUCAUCGGUGUCAAUUUCGCUGUCUCCAAAAUAUGGCCGACACGGUCUAAAUUUGUGUUUGUUUUGAUUGGCAAAACUCUGUUCAAAAUGAGUGAUCAGGCUUCAUCAGCAAUCGAUUUUGAUUGCCCAAGAACAUUGGAGGAAUUAAAACAAAUCAUCGUUGAUAAGGAUAGGAUUAUUGAAUUUCAAUCAGCAAAGAUCGAGAAACUAGAAGUGGAAUUAAAGCGUGUAAGCCAGGAAAAGACAAAUUUAAUGCGAAAUAUAGCAGCCAUAAAUUUUCCCAACAUAAAUUCAAGUGAUGAGAUUGACAGUGUCACCAGUACCAAGUUUGGUGAAGAGCUCCGCUCUCGAAAGUCACAAUCGGUGGGUAAUUCCCCUCAUGAGUCGCCCCGUACUUCUAAACUUGUCAGCCAGGGCAGCAUUAGCUGCAGCCGGCUGCAACGACAGCGCUCAUUGAAAAACAACAAAGAUGAAGUGAUCAAGAAAUAUAGAACAUCAUCUGUAUCUUACGAACUGUCUCAGGAUUUACACGACAAACAGGUGGAAAUGUUAGAGCGGAAGUAUGGAGGAUCAUUCCGUUCUCGACGCGCAGCAAAAACUAUUCAAAGAGCAUUCCGUCAUUAUUGCAUGAACAAAAAUUUUCAAAAAUUGCGUCAUUCAGUGGGAGAAAGGCGAUUGUCAAAGCGUCUUUCAGAAAUUGGUCGUAGCAACACAAUUUGGACGGAUCGAGUCAUUUAUAACGGAAAAUUUAAUGAAAUCGAUGCAGAAGAUUCAGAAGAUAACGAAACAUUUGGAAGUGAUGUAAGAAAAAUGGUGGCCGAAUUUGAAUCCAAUCGUCAGAAUGAUCAUAAAGUGCACGUCCAUCAUCAGAUGUCUUUUGAUCAAAGUAUUAAAAUGAGUGAGCAUAAACAACAUAGGCUCUUGAAAAGAGAAAAGAAAAAAUUAGAGAGAUCCGUGGAGGUUGAUCUCUCUGCAAAUCUAGAUUCUGAACAUGAGAAGGAGAAAAAAUCAGAUGGUGCUGCUGUGGACGAAACAAAUAACAAUCGCAAUUCUUAUCCAGAAAUGAAUGCAAGUAGUGCUAGUGACUCUCAGUUGCCAACAACAACGUCUGUGGAAAAUAGUGUAGAUCCCCAUAGUUUAGAUUUUGAAACUUUACUGGAGGGUAAAGAAAGCGACGUUUUAACGGAUAGUUUUCAUAGUGACAGUAUCUAUAGUGAUGGUGGCCAUGAUGUUUCGUUGACAAAACGUCCGUCUGCCUCAUCUCUGAAUUCUGAUUCUAGUUUUAAUACGACCCUAGAUAGUGCACACGGUAACAUGAUAAUGUACGAUAAUUUGCGUUCAGACUCCCAUGACCAAACUUCCACGUCUGCUAGUGAUGUGCAAAUAAAAGUAGAUUUAGCGUCACCAGAAGAUACACGUUUAUUUGAUCAUAAUCAAUCACUCAAGGACCAAUCAGUUAAGUAUUACAUGAAUACCAAAGUGAAAAUGCGCUCUCGGAAGUCAGAGGAGGAUUUAAAACCUAUUCCACCAAUUCGAGCUCCGGAAACUUCUCCCAUUUGGAAACGUAAGGGUAAUGCUCCUUUAACACCUGUCAUAAAUGGAAAUAUAAACAUUAACGCUCUAUCUGAACCUAAACGAAUGAGCAACAUUUCUGAAAUUAGCGAACCAGAAAGUUUAGACGGACAGUGCUCUUCUAGCUCACCUAGCUCGGAAAAUAUAAGUCAGGAAAAUAUUAGUAUAUCCAGUGAAAAUAGUGUUAGUUAUCAACCCAGAUUACGGUUAAGUGUCACACCCGACCAGCAGACUUUACCUCGACCUAACGAUAAACAGCGGAAAAGAUCAUAUCGUAUUGGUUUAAAUCUCUUUAAUAAGAAACCUGACAAGGGACUAAAUUUUCUAAUUGAACACGGGUUUUUAGAUGGAUCUCCUAAAAAUAUUGCUCGGUUUUUCAUCAUGCGAAAAGGGGUCAGCAAGCAGAUGAUUGGAGAAUUCCUGGGAAAUUUACAGAAUCAGUUUAACAUGGAAGUCUUACAUUAUUUUACAGAGAAUAUAGAUUUAUCAGGUCUACAGGUGGAUAUGGCAUUAAGGAAAUAUCAAGGCUACUUCAGAAUGCCGGGUGAAGCUCAGAAAAUUGAAAGAUUAAUGGAGGCUUUUGCUACCAGAUACUGUGCAUGUAAUCCAGAUCAGACGAAAUACUUUAAAACUCCAGACACCAUAUUCCUGUUGGCCUUUGCUAUUAUAAUGUUAAAUACAGACUUACAUAAUUCCAAUAUUAAACCUGAGCGUAAAAUGAAACUAGAAGAUUUCAUCAAAAACUUACGAGGUAUAGACGGUGGUGAUGACGUAGAUCGUGAUGUGUUAGUAGGUAUAUAUGAACGAGUUAAAAGUCAGGAAUUCAAGGCUGGAGUAGACCAAGUCACCCAGGUUAUCAAAGUAGAACAAAGUAUUGUGGGUAAAAAGCCUCAACUGGCUUUAUCUCACAGAAGACUGGUUUGUUAUUGUCGACUUUAUGAAGUUCAUGACCCCUGUAAGAAAGAAAAAAUUGGUUUACAUCAACGAGAAGUUUUCUUAUUUAACGAUCAAUUACUGGUAACGAAGAUCUUCAGUAAAAAGAAAAUAGGAAUAACCUACAGUUUUAGAACAUCAUUAUCCUUAUAUGGCAUGCAAGUUUUCUUAUUUGAAACAGCACAUUAUCAGUUUGGCAUCCAGCUAACUAAUAAUUUAGAUGGGAAAGUUUUAAUGACAUUUAAUGCCAGAAAUGAUCAUGAUCGACAAAAAUUUGUUGAAGAUCUAAAAGAAUCUAUUCUAGAGACAAAUGGUAUGGAACAAUUACGAAUAGAAGAAGAGUUGCAGCGUCACCGUAAAGCCCAUAAUACUCUGGACAAGCACUACGCAAAUGACGAUUCCCGUGUUCACAUGUAUGAACUCGCGAACCCUAAUGACAGUUCUGUUAAUAGAUUGUCUGCUCCUGAAUGUGGCUUGAAGAAAUCUUCUCUAUCCAACUCUCUCAAUGAACUGUCACCAGACCGUGGGAUGAAACGAGGUAGCAGUGGAGCAUCUCUCGACAGUGGAGUGGUAUCAGGAAGUGUAGGAAGUUCCGGUAGUAGAGACGACUCUAUGGCUGUUCCAUUUAAUAAUUCCGCUUCUGUGAAAUCUACGACCAAGGGAGCCUCCAUUACUAAAGUCAGUGGAUUAACCAAAGCUGUGAGUCCAGGAAAAUCCAAGGGUUCUCCGCUAAAACUUCGUGGCAAUCUGCCAGCAGGAACAGAAGUUUAGGAUUUUUCAUUCUGUGUCCAUAAAAUGGAAAAAAAACCUUUGAGAUGGAUCAAACUAAACAUUCGUGAUAUAUAAUUAAUAAACACCAGUGAAUAUAGUGUGGACUAUGAUGGAUAAAAUCGCGUAUAUGGAUUAUCUAGAUAAUUUUGCUGUGGAAUAACAUGAAUAACUCCUAGUCAAUAAUACUAUAGUAACUCUAUCACAUGGAUGGAUAUUUAUGAUAUGUAUAUAGGAUAUUUGUUAAUAUUUGACUAUACAUAAUGACAGUGUGGAUUAUAUCUACUCUAAACAGUAAAUAUUCAAACAGUGGUCAGUAAUUAGUGGAUUGUGAAAAUAGAUAAUCAAAGGAGGACUUGUAAUACAAGACCUUGAAUUGUUAUGGGACCAGAGUUAUCUCCCUUUGAACAUCUUUGUUCCAUACCAUAUUAAUAUUUGGUGCAUGUAUUUCUCUGUUAGUAAUUGUAAUAUAAAGUAGUUUAAGUUAUCAGAUAUAAAUAUUGGUAUUUAUGCAAGAACUUUUUUUUUUCUUAAAAUGAAAUAAAACUUUAUUUAUAAUUGAAUUAAACUGGAUUGUUUUGAUAAAACUAGAUUGAGUAAUAGGCCUACAGUUAGAAACCUGUUCUUUUUUCUCAUGAAUGAAAAUGUGUAUUAGAAAAAUAAAUUAAUUAUUGAUUGGUCACCUAUGUCUUUCAGUUUGUUGCUAAUUUAAUUAAAUUUAAUUUAAAAAAUGAAGACUUUUCAUAGUUUAUUAAGGAAUGUAGUCUAGCUAGUUAGAUGUCAUUUAUAAAUAGAACUUUGAAUACAUUGUCACUUUUUAACUUUAACCUAAAGUGACUUGUUACCUUUGACCUAUGAACUAUUGUAUCUCGUGUAUUGAUGUGUACUUGUUGUAGAUUUCCAUGCCUUUUCAAAUUUUAUUGAAAAUACAAAACCAAAAUUAUAUAAUUCUCAUUAAUUUGUUAUUUUUUAUUCAAACAUAAUCCAUAAAUUAAAUACUGAUAGAUAGACUAGGCAAUAAAAUAUCCCUGCUUUCAUAUUGUUGUCAGAUAGAAGUUAGUUCCCUUAGAUAAGCUCUCCAUUAGUGAAAAGUCCCUUUGUUAGAUGCUGCGGAUGCAAUGGUAAUGUCUAUGCACACUAGCGUUAACACAAAAUUUUCAAUGAAGUUAGAACUAGUUUUUCAACUGAUUUUUUAUAAUGCUGUUUUAUAGAUUAAAAAAACUGAAAGUGAAUUAUUUAAUUUGGUCACUUGUUACAAUAAUGUCACUUUGUUUCUUACCAACCUGCUUUAACUUUAUUAACAUAGAUAAAUUUUAUACAAAAUUUGAGUGUGCUUUAAUUAAUAGGAUGAAAUAUUUUAGAUCAUGUUUUUUGAAGUUUAAAAUUAAAUGACCUGAAUAUGUAUUAGUUCAACUCAAAAUUAUUUUAUAAUUAGUUUCCAAUUUAAUCCUUUUUAAAGAUCAAGGUUCACACCUGUUUAAAUGUUCAAUUAUUUCUUAAAAUUAAUUAUUUUUCACUUGUUGCAAAACCUUGUUGUUGUUUAUUUAAAAAAAAGUUUAAGUCACCUGGUUAAAAACAAAACAGGGCAGUUGAAAUACACACAAUGUAACCAUUCUAACAAUAUGAUAAAAAAAAAAUUACAGAAACUAUAGUAGGACUUUGAUCAGUUAGAAUGAGAGUGUUUGCAGUAAAUUAGGUUUCUGUAAAAGUUAGUAGCAAAACAUUAUUGAAUUAAGAUUUAGUGCUAAAGACAUUCAAAAGCAAAUUAUUAAAUUAUUUGAAGUUAUAUAUAUAUUUUUUUUGUUGUUCUAGCAUUUAUCAUAUUUUUUUUUGUUGUGUUUGUGAAGGGAUGUGUGAAAGACUGAUUCUAAGAAUCAACUAAAGAUUUAUGUUAUAUUCGAUUCGGUUUGAUCAAAAUAUAAUGCCUUCACUGAUUUGUGUAAUAGUUUAUUAGAUGUCCUUCGAUUCAAUGAAUUAAAGAAUAGACACACAGAUAGAGCAUCUGAAUACCGGUACCAAUAUUAGGUUUGAAUUUUGAAUGCGCCAAAAAUCUUGAUCAGACUAAAACAGUAAUGUAUAUUUAUGUUUAAAUGCCAUGAGUGAGAGAAAAAAUAAAAAUAUAAAGUUUGUAAAUACUGUUUGAAAGAUGAAGUUAUGAAUGAAUGGCAAAUUUGGAUUUCACAUGUAAGAACACUGAACUUGUAUCUCCAAUAUCUUGAAUAAUGAGUAAGUAUUUAGAAUAAAGAAAGAAAUUGGCAUAUAUAUGGGAAUUAUUUUUAAUUCAUGAAAAAUACCAACGUGAAUUUUCAAUAUUAUAUUUAAGUAUUUGAAGAUCCAAAAAUACAGUUCAUGAUAAGUAUGGUUGAUUUAUUGGGAUGCAAUGUUUUAUGUUCAGAAAAUAUUAUUCAUUUCAAUUUAUUUAUUUUUAGUAUCUGUAUGUAAAUUAAUCGAAUACAGAUCUAAUUGAUGUCUCUAUCACUGCUCAUUAAAUAAACAAUACCUUUUUUUUACUCUAAAGUUUUAUUUGUCAUUGUGUUUUGUUUGUUUUUGUUACUCAGCUUGUAAAUACUUAAAAUAAAUUAAUAUAAUAUAAUUAAUGACAUAAAUUGUGUGGAUUUCAACAUAACUGCCCUGGAUAACAAUUCACAUGGGAAGUAGCCUAACUAAUUCUCUAGUUAGGGUGAUGUAUGUGAAAUUGCCAAAAAAUAAAACAAUAUAGUCCAA